AUGUCCCCGUGUCCCAGAGGUGACAGUGACAAUGUCCCCGUGCCGCAGGCACUGACGGUGACGAUGACAGUGUCCCCAUGUCCCCAAGGUGACAGUGACAUUGUCCCCGUGCCGCAGGCGCUGACGGUGACGAUGACCAAGGCCGCGGGCAGUUUCCGCGCCCGGGGCUGGCUGUCCCCAAGGCGCCUCGGCUUCGACGGCGUCACCGCCUGCCUGGUGGCCGACCCCAGUGUCCCCGACUGCCACCUCGUCACCGUGGAUGUCACCGCUGUCCCCGAGGGUGGCCGCGCCCUCACCGUCACCAGCACCCGCCGCAACCCCGCCGAGCCCGGCCACGUCACGGGCAGCGCCACCCGCCACAGCUUCUGGAGCAGCGUGCUGGCCUGCACCGGGCACGGCGGCUGCCUCAAGCUCUGCUGAGGAAGGAGCGAGAGCGGAAACCCAGCGGGGACGCCGCGGGGACAAAUUUUGUUGUCGCCAAAUUUUGGGGACAAUAAAAUAAAAUAAAAAAACAAACAACCCGCCCGAG